AUGAAAAGAGUGAUUGGCUAUCAUGCUGAUGAGCUGGCAACACCGGGAGGGUCUAGAAAGAUAGAGACCAGCGAGGCGAUCAAGAAAAUCGAAAAAUUUGGAAAAUUCAAUCAUACAAAAUGGAGUAGGGAUGAUUACGAGAUUGUCCCCGACAAAUUUUCUAAUGCUUUCAGGCCGCGGGGUCGCCUUUCCACCGCAAGCGGGUUUGGUUGGAACAAGGCUGAAUUGAUGGUCACAGCAUUGGAGGAUUUUUGGAAUGUGUUCUUGGUUUCUCAUCCUGCUUCCAAGAAAUUCAAAAAUAAACCAUUCCCUGAGUACAGCAACCAUCAGAUCAUCUUCAAAGGUCACACCACCCAAGGAGACAUGCAACAAUUGUUGGGGAUGGAAAUUGCUGAUGAAAAUUCCUCCACUGUGCCUGGUGACACUGGGAAUCUACCUGAAACCUCAGACUCAACUCGUGCACCUGCUCAACACUCUGGUGUCCGACCACCUCGCUGA